AAUGAAUGUGGGAUAUCAUGCAGCUCCAGGAGUGGGUCCUCUUUGGGAUACUUCCCACAUCCUGACGUCAGCUGGAUGUGAAAGUUUUCUCCCUUUUCCAGCUUCCAACAGACGCAUUCCCUAAUCUGCUCCACACCAGAGAUUUGAGGUAGAAAAAAUUCAAUCACGGCUCAUGGGUCAGCCCUCUCCCUGAGACUUCCCCACCUUCCGUAAUGCCCUUCUUCAGCACUGCCACUCCUUUCCUCCACCUACUGCUCUGCGCUCUGGUGGCCGACCUGCCUUUGGCUCACAUCGCCUACGGCAACUCCAUCUACCACUCCUGGAGCCAGGACGCUCAGCCCUGCAGCUCAUCCUCAGUGUCCGACUGCAGAUGCAAGAACUUCCAGCUCUCCACGGCGCACUGGCCCCUGACUCAAUCCACUCCAUUUUUCCAGAGAAAACAUUUAACCGUUUGGUUCUCGUCGCCAUCCACCGUGAUGCGACUGUUGAACAACUCAGAGGUGAGACAUCUCACGCUCAUCCACUGCGGACCUCCAGGAGAGCCCAGGGGAGCAGCCUCUUUCACUCAGGAGGGGUAUUUUGUGGUGCAACGCCUGGAGAGGCUGACGCUGGUGAAUGCACCGGAGAGGCCGUUUCAUCCCUGCACUGAUGCAAACUGUGCCAAGAGCACAAACGCUAACCAAGACAGAGAUAACAGCUUUACAUUUGACUCUAACAAACCCAACAAAGACACCAAAGUGGACCUUAUAGCUGAGUCAAUGAAGAGUUCUUUGACAGCUUCCUCACCUCAGAUCCAAGACAUCUUCCUGGGCAGGGAGCUGGGAGCGGCACAUCACGAACAGGCCCGACUGGGAAUCAUCCACAGUUCUGUUCUGGACUGGGGAGCAGAGAUCAAAACCUACACGGUUCUAACUCAUAUAGACAGUGACGGAACGCUGCCUUUCCCCGACCUUCACCUGGCUAAACUCCCUGAGGCGUCGGUUAUUUAUGUCAGCUUUGUGUACUGAGAGAAGAGCUAUUUUAAGGGAGGUAAAGGAUCCACUGACGACAUUUUAAAAGCCUCUAUUUGAAUUUAUAGUUUGGCUUCAGAAAUUUUUCUGUAGUAGAUGGAAAUAAAGGAUAAGUUGUCUCAUAAGGCUCCCUUGUUCCCAGACAUCUACAGACAUCCUAGUUCAAUAAUAAAAUAUUCUAUUAAUCCAAAAGGGAAAGUACAUGUUUUAAGUCACGUAAAAUGGAUUUAUUCAACUAGCUGUAGAAGUUGAUGGCUGUCUUUCUUGUAAAAAAUAGUUCACGUAAGGAUUAAUGUGUGGAAAACAGUUUGCUGACUGUGGACUAUAGUUUAAAGUCUAUAUGAACUCUACCUUUUUCUUCCAAAUGACAACUGAAACAUUUUAAAAAGGGGGUGGAAAAGAACUGCUUGAAAUACAGGGACCUUUGAAUGAAAUAGCAACCAUACAGCAUAAAAAAACCCCAUAAAACACCAUAAAAACCGAAAACCAGAUCAGUCUUAUUUUAAGGUCAACUCACGCCCAAGACCUAAAUCCUUUUAUAAAAUGUGUUGGUUUAACUGAAGAUAGACUCCAAUAGGGCUCUAUGUGUUAAUUCAAACUCAUAUAAGAGUUAGAAAUUGACAAAACAUUUAUUUUUCAUGUAAGAUAUUGCUACAGCAAUGAAAGAGGAAUCAAUUUUCAGACUUGUUACUCAUCUGGACAAUGUGCAAACAUUUGUGUCACGUAUUUAGGUUUCAGUUUGAGUUAUUUCUUUUUGUUUUGUUGUAAAGCCCAAAACUUGGCAGUACAUCAUGUAGACAAUGGAAAAAAAACACAGCUCAGAUUACCACAUGUCUUUUGUUUCCUGCUCUUGUUUAUACUGACCUGAUAGAGCGACAGCUAAAAGUGUUAGAUUAAUUCAUCAAUUUGCAUUUGUGUGGUUUCAGCAUACAGUGCCUCACAGAUGUAGUUUCCUGUUUAUUUAAACCCCCUGACAAUACUGGCUGGGUUUAUUGUUCUGCACAUGAUCAUUAUGCAAUUUCAGGCUGGGUCUCUUAUCCAAGAAAAAAAGGAGAACUUGAUGCCAAGAAGUAUUGUCAUAUGAUGUUAGUGCAACAUAAAUAUCUCCAAGUUCAGCUUUGAAAUUUUAAAUCUCCAUCUCUGGUUCCUUUUUUCUCCACACAAUUCUUAAGGGUUGGAGAUUUGUUUGCAAUGGCCUGAAAAAGAUGCACUUCAAUCUUUGAACCACAAGGUGGCAGCAGAUAUGUUUGAGAAAUUAGGUAGAGGUUAAUGACAUAAGGACUUUUCCCUUACAUGCAGUUGAAAUAAAAAAUUUAACUUAAGCGUUUCACUUGAUAAAGCCUAAUUGACAAGGGUUUGGUUAUAUUAAUUUGUUGUGUUCAUCUGGAAAUGUUUCAACAAUAAGCUUGCAGUCUGGUAGCCUAUUUGCAUGGAGAGAACAUAUUGUUCCAUUUCAAUUUUAUAUUUUUAACUUCAGUUUGAUACUGGAUUUUCAAAAACGAUGUUUGCAUUCAAUGCUGCCACAUACAUAUGUUUUGUAUUUUUUUUUAAAGAAAUUUUAAAUUGCUUUGCAUCAUCUGUAGAUAAAAAAAAAAAAAAACAUUAAUACAUGUCUUCUGAAUGUUCAGACAUAAGUCUGUCGCUGAUGGAUGAACAAAAGUGCCCUUAUAUUAAAAAUUGUUUCUGUCCCCUGGUGAAUAAAAAAAAACAAAAAAAAACAAUAAUAGCCACCAAACUUUGUGUUGCAAUUAUAAAAAAAAGUGCUACAAAUUAAAAUAAUAUCUAAUAAUAUCUAAUUUUCUUAUCACUCUGGUUGGAAAUGAGUUUUGUUGAGGCUUUUAACUCUUGCUGACUGGCUGGUUUCACACACCAUAUUUCCUCACUACAGAGAUCCCUCCUGCAGAGUCAGCUUGUCUUAACCAAGUCAUCUGAUGUGGUGCUGACCAUUUCUCUGUCAAUCAGGUGGGGUUACUUUCAAAUAAGACAAGGAGACAUAGAUGAUUCUAGACAAGAGAACUGGUCCUGGCCUGUUUGGUUCAUGUACUGAAACGAUUAUGCUAAAUCAUUUUUUUAUGAUGAUUUGCACUGACAAAGGAUGCACUGUACAAUUGGCCCAUUCAACCAAUUUAAUCUUUCUACUUAAUAGUUUACUUAAACAACUAUUUCGAAGUUAAAGCCAAUAAUUUCAAAUUUCUGCCAUCCUGUAUCCGCCAUUAAGAUAGGAUAGACAGUUUACAUUUGUUAGAUCGGAGGUCUGCAAUCUUUGCUUUGUGGCUCACUUUACAGUCUAAAUCUGGGUAGGUAAUGUCAGACCUUUAGUGUCACUGUUCUGCAGCUUUUGCAUGCAUCCCUUCUCUAACACACCUGAACCAAAAGGCCUGAUUACCUUCUUGGUCAUUAACCAGUCACAUGUUUCAGGUGUGGUGAAGAAGGGUUGAAUACAAAAGCUGCAGGACAGGCACUCGAGAACCUACCCCUGGUCUAAAUGAUGCCCUUUUUGUGUGUGUUCUUGUUUUUUUCUACAAGGCGGGAACAAUUUUCUCUUAAACCUCUACAUCAUGGGGACUAACCAUCCUUAUGGGAAACCUCCAUCUGGUGUGUGUAUGUGUGUGUGUAGCUGUCUGGCCCUCAGAGUGAGGACCAUUUUCCAAAUUUCACCAUCAGAUUGAAGACCAGUUGUUGCAGAGUGAGGACAUUUUGCUGAUCCUCAAAAGCUAUUUUGCUAGAGGUUAGGUUUAGGGCUAAGGUAUCAACUGGGUUAGGGUUAGGGCGAGGUAUGCAUUGGUAAUUGUUAGAGUUAGGGUUAGAUUUAUGGUUAGGGCAUAGAAACGGUUGAAAAUGGAAGUCAAUUGGAGUCAACGCAUGGUCCUCACCACAUAUAGCAGAAUGAGUAUAUGUGUGUGUGAUGCUAUGGGCCUCCAUAAAAAAAAAAAAAAAAAACCUCUUGCCCCACCCUGGUUAAUCUGCUCUAGAACCACCACUGCAAAACCAUUGCAUUCAUUACAUGUUAAUCUCAUGACUGUGUGCUGAGAAACUAAAUUAGCAGUCUUCCUAGUUUUCAUAUAAGCCAAAGCAUACUGUGCCAAGAUGUUUCUGUAUUUAAACAAUAGUUGUUUUUAUUUGAUCUAAGGAAAUGAUUUGUUUUUACAUUUGAACAUAUCUUUAUUUGGAUGUUUUUACAUUUAAGGAUUUUUAAACUAAAAUAUCAUAAUGAAAUGUAACUACUUCAAUAAAUAAAUCCAAAAGUG